GUUGAGCACAGCAGCGGUUUCGUAUCUUGCAGUAGCAGCAGCAUCACUAUUACCCCAUAACCUGCAAAUGCCUACCUAUAUAGAAGUAGAAGUACUCGUCUACUGCGCCGCUCCGUUGCGGGUACGUCCAAUACCUCGGGAAGAACUGAUCUCACGCAAACAGCGGAGCCCUCCCUCUACCGACUCCAACUUCAGCUUCGGGUGGCCGGCAACCUAACCCCCUUCGAUCGACCCCCACCAGAUACAUCUUCAUCUUCACCUCCCCUCCAGCUAUGAAGUUACCUAAGGUAUGUAGAUUAGGUACGCAGAUCCGGGGGGGCCAAUCUUAACCACCGUUGCUCAGAGAUGAAACUAGGUACCUAGACGUGGGAGUGGAAGUGAUAGUACGAGGGACCUAAUAAUAAUUUGACAGGUAUUACUUAUAGGAUUCGCUUCCUGGCUAUAGUGGGAUGGGAUGGACUACAGCUCGCCCGUGGAGAUAGAUGUCUCUGUUCGAUCUUCACGAAACAUUCGCCAAAGGCCAGGUCGAUCCCCAGAUUUUCUAAUGACCCUAGCUCGUAUCCUCAGACGCGGUAAUAUAUGUGUUGCUCAUCGAGGUUUUCUCUAAGUGGGGAGACGACAUGACGAGGUGGCGCAUCGUUGGCGGUAAUGUGUACGGAUUACUUUUGACAUGCAUCUGGAAUCCGACUUCGUCUAAAGUCCCAUCUACUUCGUACUAUAUUAUUACCCUGUAUUAUUACUACAUAUUAGUUGGACUUGCCCCCACCAUAGGAUGACUUCUUCAAUUGGCGAAUAUAUGCAUGUAGCAGUCAGUCAUUAUCGACUACCUACAUGACCUUAAGUUCCAAUGGUAGGAUCCGUAGCGCCGAAUGAUGUUACUCUAGGCGCUCUUGCUCUCUUGCUUGCUAUCACUCUCACUACCUAAACAU